UACUACAAAGAUGUCCUCCUUGUUAGCUGCUAUCUCGGAGCUGGUCAACAAAAUGACCACAAUCUAAAGAUUGUACUUCAUCUCAACACCAAUACCGUUCUUCCCCGUACGAGCUUCCUAAAGACUUCCGAAAGAUGCAACUGAAGUAUCUUAAAACCCUAUUAACACCCCAGGAGGGUGCUGCCAAAGUGACAUGCAUGGCCUGGGCACCGAAUAACACCAAGUUCGCAGUUUGCACUGUUGACAGAGUGGUGCUACUGUAUGAUGAGCAGGGAGAGAGGAGGGACAAAUUCUCCACCAAACCCCAAGACUCCAAGUACGGAAAAGAGAGCUACGUUGUCAAAGACCUGGCGUUCUCACCGGACUCCACCAAAAUCGCCAUCGGCCAGUCCGACAACAUCAUCUUUGUCUACAGAAUCGGGGAGGAUUGGGGGGACAAGAAAGCCAUUUGCAACAAAUUUGUCCAGACCAACGCUGUGGCUUGCUUGCUUUGGCCUGCAGAGCAUGCAAUUGUUUAUGGAUUAGUGGACGGCAAGGUUCGCCUCGCCAACACUCAGACAAACAAGUCAUCCACCAUCUACGGCACCGAGUCCUGUGUCAUCUCACUGGCAUCCAAUGUCUCAGGUAAAGGCAUCCUGUCUGGACACGCCGAUGGGACAGUCGUGCGUUACUUCUUUGAUGACGAAGGCUCCGGGGAGUCUCAGGUACUUAACGUUUACACUCAUCACCACUUUGGUUCUCUAUGCUGUUGCUGCACAUUUAUGGUAUACAUUUGUAUUUACAAAUACACACACACACACACACACACACACACUCAGGGUAAGCUGUUGAUGCACCCGUGCCCACCUUACGCCCUGGCCUGGGCCGCAAACAGCAUCAUGGUGGGCGGCUGUGACAAGAAGGUGGUGGCCUACGGAAGAGAGGGCCACGUCCUGCAGACCUUUGACUACGGCCGCGACCGGACCGAGAGGGAGUUCACCGUGGCCGCCACCAGCCCCGGCGGGCAGUCGGUUGUGUUCGGCAGCUACGACCGGUUGCGGGUGUUUAACUGGGCUCCCAGGAGAGGCAUGUGGGACGAAGCCAAGCCUAAAGAGAUACUCAACCUCUACACCAUUACCAGCUUGGCCUGGAAGAAAGACGGAUCACGCCUCUGCGCUGGAACGCUGUGUGGGGGAGUGGAGCUGUUUGACUGCUGCUUGCGUAGAGCCAUCUAUAAGAACAAGUUUGAGAUGACCUACGUUGGCCUGAGCCAGGUGAUAGUGAGGAACCUCUCUUCAGGAACGCGAGUGGUCCUGAAGUCCUAUCAUGGUUAUGAGAUAGAAGAAGUCAAAAUCAUGGGCAAAGAUCGCUACCUGGUGGCCCACACCUCCGAUACUCUUCUUCUGGGAGACCUGCUGACAAAUAAAUUGAGCGAGGUGCCAUGGCCCGGUUCAGGGGGAAAUGAAAAGUUCUUCUUUGAAAAUGAAUCGGUGUGUAUGAUUUUUAACGCCGGGGAGCUGAGCCUGGUGGAAUACAGUAGCAACGAGAUCCUGGGAUCAGUCCGAACCGAGUUUAUGAACCCUCACCUCAUCAGCGUCCGACUGAAUGAGAGGAAGCAGAGAGGAGUUAAAGACAACAAGAAGCUUGCGUAUCUGAUUGAUAUAAAGACCAUUUGCAUUGUGGACUUGGCCGGGGGCUGCAAUCUGGGAACCAUCAGCCAAAACUCCAAGAUUGACUGGCUGGAGCUCAAUGAGACGGGACGCAAACUGCUGUUCAGGGACAAGAAGCUGCGGCUCCAUCUCUAUGACAUAGACACCGGCUUGAAGACCACGCUGCUGAGUUUCUGCUCCUACGUCCAGUGGGUGCCCGGCAGCGACGUGGUGGUGGCUCAAAACAGGGGAAACCUCUGCAUCUGGUACAGCAUCGACAGCCCAGAGAGCAUCACCAUGUUCCCGAUCAAGGGAGACAUUGUGGAUCUAGAAAGAGUGGAUGGGAACACAGAUGUGAUCCUGACGGAGGGCGUCAACACUGUGAUGCACACACUGGACCAAGGCCUCAUUGAGUUUGGCACGGCUAUCGACGACGGGGACUAUGACAGAGCCACAGCAUACCUUGAGACUCUGGACAUGUCACCAGAGACCGAAGCCAUGUGGAAGACCCUCAGCAAGCUGGCUCUGGAGACUCACCAGCUGCACAUCGCAGAAAGGUGUUUUGCUGCAUUGGGGGACGUCUCGACUCUGCGUUUCCUCAACCAAACAAACCAGAUUGCCGACAAAGUUUCACAGGAAAUGGGAGGAGAUGGAACAGCGUUUUUCCAAGUCCAAGCCCACGUGGCGAUGCUGGAUAAGAACUUUAAACUGGCUGAGAUGCACUACAUGGAGCAGAAUUCCAUCGAUGAAGCGAUAGGGAUGUACCAGGAGCUCCACAUGUGGGACGACUGCAUCGCCGUGGCUGAAGCCAAGGGCCACCCGGAGCUGGACAGCCUGCGUGGGAAACACUACCAGUGGUUAACGGAGACGGGUCAGGACGAGAAGGCUGGCGAGGUGAAGGAGAGCGAGGGAGACUUCCAGGGUGCCAUCAACCUCUACCUGAAGGCCGGACUGCCGGCUAAAGCCGCCCGACUGGCCAUCAGCCAUCCGGAGAUCACCAACAACAGCGACACCGUCGGCCGCAUCGCCGCCAAUCUCAUCAAGGGAGAGUUUUAUGAGAGGGCAGGAGAUCUGUAUGAGGAGAUCAGAAACAACCAGAGAGCUUUGGAGUGCUACGUCAAAGGAGGUGCCUUCAGGAAAGCGGUUGAGCUGGCACGCCUCGCCUUCCCUGCUGAGGUGGUGAAACUGGAGGAGGCCUGGGGAGAAUACCUCGUCCAGCAGAAACAGAUGGACGCCGCCAUCAACCAUUUCAUUGAAGCAGGCUGCUCGCUCAAAGCCAUCAAGGCGGCCAUCGCUGCUCGUCAGUGGAAGAAAGCCGUCCACAUCCUGGAGCUGCAGGAGGAUUCGUCGGCGGGGAAAUACUACGUGAAGAUAGCUCAGCACUAUGCCUCCAUGCAGGACUAUGAGGUGGCAGAGCAACUGUUUGUGAAAGGAGGUCACAUCAAGGAUGCUAUAGACAUGUACACUACAGCAGGACGCUGGGAGGAGGCUCAUAAGUUGGCGGUGGAGUGUAUGACAGAGGAGGAGGUCAUGGCUCUGUACAUCAGCAGAGCUCAGGAGCUGGAGAGAGAUGGGAAAUUCAAGGAGGCCGAGAGGCUAUUUGCCACAGUGAAGCAGCCUGACCUCGCCAUAACCAUGUACAAGAAGAACCGGAUGUUUGAUGAUGUCAUUCGCCUGGUGGCCAAGCAUCACCCCGACCUGCUCACGGAGACCCACCUGCACCUGGCCAAGGAGUUGGAGGCUGAAUCCAGGUUCUCAGAGGCAGAGUACCACUUCAUAGAGGCUGAAGAGUGGAAGGCUGCCGUCCACAUGUACAGAGUCAACGACAUGUGGGAGGAUGCAUACAGGGUGGCUAAGAGCCACGGAGGCGCUGCAGCUCAGAAGCAGGUGGCCUACCUGUGGGCUCGGAGCCUGGGAGGAGAGGCAGCCGUCAAGCUGCUCAACAAGUUCGGCCUCCUGGAAUACGCCAUUGAGUUUGCUUCAAAUAACUUCUCGUUUGACUUUGCCUUCGAUUUGGCUCGUCUUUCCAGUAAGGAGAAGAUUCCUGAGAUCCACCUCAAACACGCCAUAUACCUGGAAGAUGAGGGCAAGUUUCCGGAGGCCGAGGUUGAGUUCAUCAAAGCAGGAAAACCCAAAGAAGCCGUGCUCAUGUAUGUCCACAACAAGGACUGGGCCAGUGCGCAGCGGGUGGCUGAGGGCCACGAUCCAGAGACUGUUUCUGAGAUCCUGGUCGGCCAAGCCAAGUUCUGCUUUGAACAGAAAGAUUUCCAGAAGGCUGAAGCCUUCCUGCUCCGAGCCCAGAGACCCGAACUCGCUGUUAAAUAUUACAAGGGUGCGGACUUGUGGAGUGAUGCCAUGCGGAUCUGUAAGGAGUAUCUCCCCAACAAGCUCUCCAUGCUCCAAGAGGAGUACGAGCAGGAGACCUCCAAGAAGGGAAUCCGGGGAGUGGAGGGCCUGCUGGAACAGGCCAGGGAGUGGGAGCAGUCAGGUGAACACUCCCGGGCCGUGGAGUGUUAUCUGAAGGUGAAGGACGACGCCAACACUGCCCUGAUGGAGAAGAGCUGGAUGAAGGCGGCAGAGUUGUCCAUCAAGUUCCUCAACGGCGAUCGAGCGGUGGAGGUGAUCCAGGUGGUCGGGCCACGACUCACACAGCUGAGGAAGUACAACGCUGCUGCUGAGCUCUACCUAAACAUGAACCUCAUCAAAGAGGCGAUCGAUGUCUUCAUUGAGGGCGAGGAGUGGAACAAAGCCAAGAGAGUCGCCAAGGAGCUGGAGCCCAGAUACGAGGACUAUGUGGACCAGAAAUACAAGGAGCACCUUAAGAACCAAGGCAAAGUUGACUCUCUGGUGGGCGUGGAUGUCAUGGCAGCUCUGGACAUGUAUGCAGAGAGAGGCCAGUGGGAGAAAUGUCUGGAGACGGCAUCUAAACAGAACUUUAAGAUCCUCCAUAAGUACGUUGCUCUGUACGCUACACACCUCAUCAAGGAGGCGGAUGCUCCGAAGGCUCUGCAGCUCUACGUACAGCACGGAGCGCCACCCAACCCUCAGAACUUUAACAUCUACAAGCGCCUGUUCCUGGACCUGAUUAACCUCCCCGACACUGAUGGACCGGAGUCUUACCGGAUGUGGGCCGACCUCCGCAAUUUCCUCCUGCAGCUGUGUGAGAACAUGUCCCGGUCGGCCGAGGCCAACUCUCCAGCUCAUGAAGACUUUGAGCAGAUGCUGCUGAUCGCUCACUACUACGCCACGCGAUCUGCCACCAAAGGAGUCGCGCAGCUGGUCAGUCUUCCAGCCAAGCUGUCCGUGUCUCUGCUGCGUCACACUGAGCUCGUUCCUGCAGACAAGGCUUUCUACGAAGCCGGCCUGGCCUGCAGGGCUGUUGGCUGGGAGAACAUGGCCUUCAUCUUCCUCAAUCACUUCCUGGAUCUGUGCGAUGCGGUAGACGAGGGGACGCUGGACGCUCUGGACCACUCCGACUUCCUGGACACCGACAUUCCCUUCGAGGUUCCAGUUCCCACCAAACUCUGUGUCACCGACGCCCAGCGGGAGCAGAUCCGUGACUGGGUGCUGAUGGUCUCCAUGGACAAUCGGUUGGAGCAGGUUCUGCCUCGUGACGAGAGGAACUCGUAUGAAGCCUCGCUGGUGGCCGCCAACACCGGCCUCCGCUCUCUGCCCUGUGUCCUCACCGGCUACCCGGUGCUGAGAGAUAAGAUGGAGUUCUCGUCCGUGGGGAAAGUAGCCGUCAAGAAAGACUGGAACAAAUUCCUCAUGACCACAAAGACCACUCACAGUUCAGAGUGUCAGGACGUCCUCAAGUUCAUCAGCCAGUGGUGUGGCGGCCUGCCGGCGUCUGGAUUCUCCUUCCAGUGACACACACACACACACACACACACACACACACACACACACACACACACACACACACACACUGCUAUUUCUCGUUCUGUUACACUCUUCCAUUUUUGCUGCAAGAUUGCCAGAACUUUCUCCUCUCCGUUGCUCCAGAAACCAAACCCUUAUUUGAAGAAAAAAUGACUAGCCACCAUCUAAAUAUUUAUUUAUUAAACUUUUCAUAUAUAUUUUCUGUAAAUAUGGCGGUCAUAAUGCUGUUUCAAAAACUUCUCGGCACUUCCAGGUAUGUAGUUUCAGACUACAUACCUGGAAGUGCCGAUGUAGAAUUUAAGUCACAUGUGAAGCAAUUUAAAUCUUUUAAAAAAUGACCAGAAUCAGCCUUAAAAUCAGCCACAUGUUCUAAUAUGAGAGAUAUGUUGUAACUGACAAUGUUAACUCGCGCUUAGGACGAUGAGCCCACACACAUUAGCUGAAAUGUUUCUCUGAACACGACCUCGAUCCAUUAAUACUUCCUUAUUUCCUGUCUGUGGCGCUCAGCUCCAAGCCCAUUGGUUCCCGCUGAAGAAUACAAUCGUUUCAAACGAGAGGAAAUCGUGCAUUUGUUGGGGACUAUUUUCAGCGGCGGAUUAAUCCACAUUUGUUGAGUAUUUGGGGCAGCAGGACGGU